AUGACAAAACGCGACAUUGAAGCAACUCAACCGGACGGAACGACAGAAAAAGAAAGCAAAAUGACCAAAGCCACUCAAGUAACAUCACUUCUCGUUAAAAAGCUCUGUCCACAAGCGCAGCUCCCAGCGCGAGGAAGUGCAUAUGCAGCUGGAUAUGAUUUGUUCUCAGUCGAGAAGAAGGUAAUUGGUGCUGGUGACAAAGCUCUGAUUGAUUUGGGUAUUUCUAUCUCAGUGCCUGCUGGUACAUACGGUCGUGUUGCACCUCGUAGUGGAUUAGCAGCUAAACAUCACAUUCAUACUGGCGCUGGUGUCAUCGAUGCUGAUUACCGCGGACGAGUGUUUGUUUUGUUGUUCAACUUGUCACAGAAAGACUUUGAAAUCAAUCAAGGCGAUAGAGUUGCUCAGCUUAUUCUCGAAAAGAUCGAGACUUUCCCCGUAGAAGAGGUGGAGGAAUUGAGCGAGACUGUGCGCGGUGCAGGUGGAUUUGGAAGUACGGGUGGAUAUGGUGAGGACAAUGCACAAGAAAAAGCGCAAGGGUAG